AAUUGUUUGUUUAUAUUUUUUUGCAUCCAAAUUUAGAAUGCUCGGUGUAAUGUCUUCAAAAUUUUGACUAAGUUCACGUUAAUUCAAUAUAUAAAAGUUAGCAAAAAUUAUUUAAAUAUUAAUAUGAUACGAAUUGUUGCAAAGACAUUUCAAUUAAACCACGAACCCUUAACUUAUAUUAAUUAUUGUUUCAAAAGGUAUUGCAAGGUUGCUGCUAGUAGUAUUUUUGAAAUACCAAUUGAUCGAAUUAGAAAUUUUAGUGUUAUAGCUCAUGUUGAUCAUGGAAAGUCAACACUUUGUGACAGAUUGCUUGAAAUAACUGGAGCAAUUUCAAAAGAUUCUACAAAUCAACAGGUUUUGGACAGCCUCCAAGUUGAAAAAGAACGAGGUAUCACUGUGAAAGCACAAACCGUAUCUUUGCUUUAUAAAUAUAAAGGGCAACAAUACCUAUUAAAUUUAAUUGAUACGCCAGGUCAUGUUGACUUUUCUAAUGAAGUGGCCCGGUCUUUAUCUAUAUGCGAUGGGGUUGUUUUGUUGGUUGAUGCCUGCCAAGGUGUUCAGGCUCAAACCGUUGCAAACUACUACUUAGCUAAAAGUAAAAAUUUAGUUGUUGUUCCAGUGGUAAAUAAAAUUGAUUUAAAAAAUGCAAAGCCAGAGAAUGUCAUAAGAGAACUAGAAGCGCUUUGUCAAGUUGACGGCAAUAGUGUGCCAAAGAUUUCAGCAAAAUUAGGAACGGGGGUGGAAAACGUUCUUGAUCAAGUUAUUGAAAGGAUUCCGGCCCCACGCGUGGAUCGAAUGAAAGAUUUUCGUGGGCUAGUAUUUGAUAGUUGGUAUGAUCGAUAUAAAGGGACGCUAAAUUUGACUUAUGUGCAUGACGGUAGUGUAAAAAUAGGGGAUGAAAUUCAAUCUUAUAGUACAGGAAAAACUUACCCAGUAAAAACGAUUUCUAUUCUGAAACCCGAAGAAGUUUUGGUUGAAAAACUCGUGGCAGGUCAAGUUGGUUUGAUUAGUUGCAAUAUGCGUAAUAGUCAAGAAAUUUCUAUUGGCGAGACAAUUUGUUUGCACGAUAAAAAAUCUAAAAUUACUCCAUUGGAAAGAUUUAAAGCUUUGCAGCCAAUGGUAUUUGCAGGUAUUUAUCCAGCUGAUCAGUCAAAGCACGUUGCAUUACGAAGUGCAAUUGAAAAAUUAAUACUAAAUGAUUCUGCUGUUACUCUGAUAACAGAAUCAAGUCCUGCAUUAGGUCAAGGUUGGCGCUUAGGUUUUUUAGGCUUAUUGCAUAUGGAAGUAUUUUGUCAACGAUUAGAACAAGAGCAUGAUGCUGAACCCAUAAUUACAGCUCCAUCCGUAACAUAUCGAUUAAAGCUCCGCAACCCUAAGUUAAUAAAAUCAUAUGGAUCGGAUUUAAUAGAAAUUUCUAAUGCUUCACUAUUCCCAAAUCCGAUGGAUGUUGAUGAAUAUUUUGAGCCACUUGUGAGAGGAACAAUAAUUACUCCAUCGGAAUAUUUAGGAAAAAUUAUUUCUUUAUGCGUUGAACGUCGUGGAGUACAAGAGCAAUCAAUAAAUAUUGAUAAUGAUAGAAUUUUGAUGAAAUAUAUUUUACCAUUAAGUGAAAUUAUUGUAGAUUUCAAUGAUAAACUUAAAUCUAUUAGUUCCGGUUAUGCAAGCUUUAAUUAUGAAAAUCACGGAUACCACUCUACUAACAUAGUAAGACUUGAUGUUCAUUUAAAUGGCAAAGCGAUGGAAGAAUUUUGCCGAAUUGUUCAUUGCACGAAAGCCCAAACUAUAGCAAGAGAAAUGGCUUUGAAAUUACAAGACUUAAUUCCUCGGCAGAUGGUCCAAAUUGCUAUUCAAGUAUGCGUGGGAGGCAAAGUAUUAGCAAGAGAAACUAUAAAAGCUUAUAGAAAAGAUGUUACAGCUAAACUAUACGGAGGAGAUGUUACAAGACGCAAAAAACUCUUAGCACAACAAGCCGAAGGUAAAAAAAAAAUGAGAAUGGUAGCUAAUAUAAGAGUUCCACAUGAAGCCUUCAUAAAUAUAUUAAAAAGAUAACCAUAAUUUUAGAAACUUUUAUUGUUAAGUGUUUUUCGCUAAUGUGUACAUUAGAAUAU